AGCUUAAACCGAACGCAGUGUAAAAGCGGCGCGAGUGACGGUAACAGCGUGUAUUUCAACGGCAACGGUUUGCUUGAAUUUACGAAUACUCAGAGCAAUUUGCGAAAAAACAAAAUCAAUACAAUUUUGAAACAUUAAAUUGUUUGACAAAAAAAAACGAUGAAGUAUCUCUUUUUCGCCACACUGCUCUGUGCGGGCAUUAUCUUCUGUAAUGCUAAGUUAGAGGAGAAAUUUUCGUGGAAACAACUGGAGUUUGAAUGGCCAAAUGCACAAGCUGAACAAGAGGCUAUCAGCAAGGGUCAAUAUGUGCCCGAGAAUAAUUUGCCUUUGGGUUUGGAGCGUUGGAAUGACAAACUGUUUGUCACUGUGCCAAGAUGGAGGGCCGGUGUAGCAGCUUCACUCAACUACGUUGAUCUUAAGACUACGGAUAAAUCUCCCAAAUUGCGUCCAUAUCCAAGCUGGGAAGCAAAUACACUACCAAUCGAUGUAGAACCACAAGAAGCCAAAACUCCAGCUGGUGGACGUUUGGAUGCCGAGAAGCCGAAAUCGGUAGAAACCACAUUGACGGAUAAUGCCACAAUUAUUUCGACUUUCCGCAUACAAGCCGACGUUUGUGAUCGUUUAUGGGUUUUGGAUACUGGACUAGCAGAUAUUCUGGGCAACCCCAAGCAAAUCACGCCGAAUUCCAUUGUUAUCUUCGACCUAAAAACUGACAAAGUGCUGCGCCGUUUCCCGAUACCAAAAGAUCAGAUAAAGGACGACAGUUUCUUCGCAAAUAUUGUGAUUGAUGCUGAACGCACGGAAUGCAACGACGCCUACGCAUAUAUACCCGAUUUGGGCGCUUACGGGCUUGUGGUUUACUCAUUCCGCGACGAUCGUUCGUAUCGUGUCAAACACAAUUUCUUCCAUUUCGAUCCGCUACAAGGUGAUUUCAAUGUUGGUGGCGUCAACUUCCAAUGGACAGAUGGUGUAUUCGGUCUGGCGGUUGGUCCAUUGAAAGCUGAUCACACAAAAGAUAUUUAUUUCCACGCUUUAGCCAGCACCAAAGAAUUCAAAGUCUCAAAUCGUGUCUUACAAAAUGAAACACAUGUAACGAGUCCAGCAGCUUAUUACGAUUUCGAAUUUGUUGGCGAUCGUGGCAUGAAUGGACAAUCCACCGCGGAAGUGUAUGACAAAGAUACUGGUGUUAUAUUUUAUACACAAGUCAAUAAGGAUGCUAUUGCAUGUUGGAAUGUGAAACGCCCAUAUGAUUUGGAAUCGCAAGGUCUUAUCGAUUCCGAUUCACAUGCACUCGUGUUCCCCAACGACAUGAAAAUCGAUAAUGAAGGUACUGUGUGGGUGUUGUCGGAUAAGAUGCCAACAUAUUUGUACAAAGAAUUGGACCCCUCAGCAGUGAACUAUCGCGUUUUGAGUGGCAACAAUCGCGAGCUCAUCAAGGGUACACCCUGUGAAGCUUAAGAUUCUUUAUACGUAAGACGUUAGCAAGAGUCGAGUGCUAGUAUGCAAUAUAAUGCAUUUUAAUAAGUAUAGAUAUAUUUACGUGUGGCACAAAUCAUUACACACUAUGUUUUAAGUUAUUGUUAUGUGCAAAAUUUUAUUGUUUACUACUCGUUACUAAAAUUGUUUAAGCACACAUAUUGUGAUUUCAUAAAUGAAAAAUAAAUUACAUAUAUAAAACUUCUA